GUCAGCUUUGGCUCGGGGCCCGGGUUGGGAAAUUCUGGACUGGAAUGAAAAGAAAAUGCUCCAGCUUCUAAUUCCACUGCUCAUGGCACUCAAGGGACGUGCCCAGGAAACUUCAGAUGAAGUUCAUUGUGGCUACAGACCCAAGUUUUCAAACUCAACUGUGCUACAAACUCACGAACUGUUGAACGUCCAGGAUGGCGAGUUCCCAUGGCAAGUUAGAAAUGACCUUGGAAAACAUCACUGUGGUCAUGGGAUCCAGAACACUCAAGGACUCCCGCCUGGAGAGAAAGCAAGUGCAGAAGAUAAUUAUUCACAAAGAUUAUGAACCACCUCACCUGGACAGCGACCUCUCCCUGUUGCUGCUUGCCACACCAGUACAAUUCAAUAACUUCAAAAUGCCCAUCUGCCUGCAGAAGAAGGAGAAGAUCUGGGGCCGCUGCUGGAUGACAGAGUGGGUGAUGGCUCCUUCAUAUGACCGAAAGGACAACUUCAACAUGUACCUGCAGAAGCUGAGAGUGGUGCAGAUUACCUGGAGAGAUUGCAGCCAGAGGGUAGACCAGCUCUCCAGGAACAUGCUUUGCGCCUGGCAAGAACUGGGCACCAAAGGCAACUGCCAGGGAGACAGUGGGGCACCUAUGGUCUGUACUAUCCACGGAAGCCGGAGGCUCUUCCAAGUGGGUGUGUUCAGUUGGGGCAUACGAUCUGGCUUCAGGGGGAGGCCUGGUAUGUUUGUGUCUGUGGCUCAAUUUCUUCCAUGGAUCCAGGAAGAAACAGAAAAGGAGGGGAAAGCCUACACCUUCUCAGGAACUCAGAGAAGCAGCUCCCUGCAUCGUGUUCUGUGGUACCCCAUAUGGUUUGGCUUGGGGGUCUCAAGUACAGCUUACCAGCAUGUUUACUGGUGAUAAAUCAGGUCACUAAGCUUCAGAUCCAUACUAUCUU